AUGAAGGAGAUGACCAUCAGCCAAGAGAAGUUCAGCUCGGUUCAGCAGCAGGGGAGGAAGUGCUUCGAUGAAGGAGCCCUGCGGAUUGACACGGAGAGAAUUGUUGAGGAAUUAAAAAUGGCUCUUGGUUCCGUCAUGUCCUGCUUAACCCAGAUCUGGCACACUGAAGUGCCAGAAUCGCCUCCCUCGUCUCCCCAAAGCCCAACCCCGGCAGACCCCCGCGAGAGACACAUCCCGCUCAAUCCGAUCGUGAUCAUGUCUCCCUCUGUGGAAAACAGGCCCGCCGUGUGUUCGCCUGUGGGGUCCCCCUUGAGCUCCCCCAUCGACGGGAAGACCAGGCUGGGCUCCCCAACGGAACGGCCCACCUCGCCGAUCGAAUGCUCCAUCUGCUUCAACACCUACGACAACCUCUUCAAGACACCCAAGGUCCUCCAGUGCCAUCACACCUUCUGCUUGGAGUGUUUGGCCCGGCUGACGGCCGCCCUGCCGCCCAACCGGGUGGAAGACCAGCUCCCGUGCCCCUUCUGCAGGCAGCUCACCGAGAUCCCGCUGGAAGGCGCGCCGGGCCUCCAGACGUGCAAAGAGCUGAUGGCCACCUUACCGCCGGAACUCCAGAAGGAGAAAAGCCUCUGGAUGGAAGGGACCAAGCUGUGUUGCCGACAGUGCUCCGAUCCCGAGCACGCCCACACCUACGUCACUAUCGACAUCGCCCCCAGCAAGCCGGAAGUCCCCGAGACUCCCACCGAGGGUUUCAUCGGACGCCUCUCCCGCUGCUCGAUAUGCGACGACUGGAAACGCGUCCUCCUGCUUUCCGUGCUCAUCAUCAUCCUCUUCUGCAUCAUCCUGUGGCCCGUCCAGUGUAUCGUCAAGACGGGAAACUUGAGGUGCCUCAACAAAUUCACGUACCCGCGGCCCAAUUACGUGCCUUACCAUCUCACCACCCCGGCCCCCACGCUGGACCUCACCAAGCUCGUGGCGUGA